GCCGCCAUGUCCAGGCAGUCCACCAUCACUUUCCAGACUGGCGGUCGCAGGGGCUUCAGCACGGCCUCAGCCACCACCGCAGCCACCGGACACUCCCGCUUCAGCUCCGUCUCUGUGACCCGCUCCACAGGAGGCAGUGGAGGGCUGGGAAGGAUCAGUGGUGCUGGGGCCGGUUUUGGAAGCCGCAGCCUCUACAACCUGGGGGGGACCAAGCGGGUCUCCAUCAGUGGGUGUGGCAGCAACUUCCGAAGCGGCUUUGGUGGCAGGGCUAGCAGCGGGUUUGGAGUCAGCAGUGGUUUUGGCUACGGGGGUGGGCUCAGAGGGGGUUAUGGGGGCUCUGGCUUCCCGGUCUGCCCCUCUGGGGGCAUCCAGGAGGUCACCAUCAACCAGACUCUCCUGACUCCCCUCAACCUGCAAGUCGACCCCACCAUCCAGCGGGUGCGGAAAGAGGAGCGGGAGCAGAUCAAGACGCUCAACAACAAGUUCGCCUCCUUCAUUGACAAGGUGCGCUUCCUGGAGCAGCAGAACAAGGUCCUGGAGACGAAAUGGAACCUCCUACAGGAGCAGGGCUCCAAGACAGUGAGGCAGAACCUGGAGCCCUUAUUUGACGCCUACACCAAUGACCUCCGCUGGCAGCUGGACAGCGCCACCUCCGAGAGGGGGAGGCUGGACGCUGAGCUGAGGACCAUGCAGGACGUCGUGGAAGAUUUCAAAGUCAGGUAUGAGGAUGAAAUUAACAAGCGCACGGCUGCUGAGAAUGAGUUUGUGGCCCUGAAGAAGGACGUGGACGCCACCCACAUGAACAAGGUGGAGCUGGAGGCCAAGGUCAACUCUCUGACCGACGAGAUCAACUUCUUCCAGACGCUCUUUGAGACAGAGAUGUCCCAGAUACAGACCCGCAUCUCAGACACGUCUGUUAUCCUCUCCAUGGACAACAACCGCAGCCUGGACCUGGACAGCAUCAUCGCCGAGGUCAAGGCCCAGUAUGAGGAGAUCGCAAACCGCAGCCGGGCAGAGGCCGAGUCCUGGUACCAGACCAAGUACGAGGAGCUGCAGGUCACGGCGGGCAGACAUGACGAUGAUCUCCGAAACACAAAACAAGAGAUCUCCAAGAUGAACCGGGUGAUCCAGAGGCUGAGAGUCGAGAUCGACAGCGUCAAGAAGCAGGGCUCCAGCCUGCAGACGGCCAUCGCCGACGCAGAGCAGCGCGGGGAACUGGCCCUCAAGGAUGCACGGGCCAAGCUGGCUGAGCUGGAGGACGCCCUGCAGCAGGCCAGGCAGGACAUGGCCCGGCUGCUGAGGGAGUACCAGGAGCUGAUGAACGUCAAGCUGGCCCUGGACGUGGAGAUCGCCACCUACAGGAAGCUGCUGGAGGGCGAGGAGUGCAGGCUGAGUGGAGAAGGUGUUUCUCCAGUUAACAUCUCUGUGGUCACCUCCACCGUUUCCAGUGGCUACGGCGGUGGCAGCGGCAUUGGAGGUGGAAGCCUGGGUCUCGGUGGGGGCAGCGGCUACUCCUUCACCACCAGCGGUGGGCACAGCCUGGGGACGGGCCUGAGGGGCUCCGGCUUCAGUGCUGCUAGCAAUCGGGGCCUUGGGGGCAGUGGUUCCAGCGUCAAGUUUGUCUCCACCACGUCCUCCAGCAGGAAGAGCUACAAGCGCUGA